GCCGGGCCGGGCCGACAUGGCGCUGCAGUUCGGCGGUGCGGGCGCGGCGGGCGCGGCGGAGGAGCCGGCGCUGGUGGGGGGCAGCUUCGGGGCGGCCGACUCGUUCCCUAAAGACUUCGGCUACGGGGAGGAGGAGGAAGAGGCUGAGCUGGAAGGCGGCCCUGGGUCCGGAGGGCCAGGAGGCGGUGCGGGAGGGCCCGGGGGCGGCGCGGGCGGGGCGGACUCGAAGCCGCGGAUCCUUCUGAUGGGGCUGCGGCGCAGCGGAAAGUCCUCCAUCCAGAAGGUGGUGUUUCACAAAAUGUCUCCAAAUGAGACUCUGUUCUUGGAAAGCACCAACAAGAUCUACAAGGAUGAUAUUUCCAACAGUUCAUUUGUGAAUUUCCAAAUAUGGGAUUUUCCAGGGCAGAUGGACUUUUUUGAUCCCACUUUUGAUUACGAGAUGAUCUUCAGAGGAACAGGUGCUCUUAUAUAUGUUAUUGACGCUCAGGAUGACUAUAUGGAAGCUUUAACAAGACUCCACAUCACAGUUUCAAAGGCCUACAAGGUCAACCCAGAAAUGAACUUUGAAGUUUUUAUUCAUAAAGUGGAUGGUUUAUCAGAUGACCAUAAAAUAGAAACUCAGAGGGAUAUUCAUCAGAGAGCUAAUGAUGACCUCACAGACGCUGGGCUUGAAAAACUUCACCUUAGCUUUUAUUUGACCAGCAUCUACGACCACUCAAUAUUUGAAGCCUUCAGUAAAGUGGUACAGAAGCUCAUUCCACAACUGCCAACACUGGAAAAUCUACUAAAUAUCUUUAUAUCAAAUUCAGGCAUUGAAAAAGCUUUUCUCUUCGAUGUAGUCAGCAAAAUCUACAUUGCAACAGACAGUUCCCCUGUGGACAUGCAGUCGUAUGAGUUGUGCUGUGACAUGAUCGAUGUGGUGAUAGAUGUUUCCUGUAUAUAUGGGUUAAAAGAAGAUGGCACUGGAAGUGCUUAUGAUAAAGAGUCAAUGGCAAUUAUCAAGCUCAAUAACACAACAGUCCUGUACUUAAAGGAAGUAACAAAGUUUUUGGCCUUAGUUUGCAUUCUUAGAGAAGAAAGUUUUGAGCGCAAAGGUCUGAUAGACUACAAUUUCCACUGCUUCCGCAAAGCCAUUCACGAGGUCUUUGAGGUAGGUGUUGCCUCCCACAGAAUCUGCAACCAUCAAGCCAGCGCCUCCAGUCUGAAGGCAGUGACGCACAACGGCACACCCAGGAAUGCAGUCUAGAGGAAAACUAAAGACAUUGGACAGACUUGUCAGCUCUUCAAUCCAAAGCUUUGUGGAACAAGAGAAAAAUAGUCUGAAAGCCUGCAGUGCGUUUCACAAGGAGAAGAGCAGCCUUAAGUGUGGCACCGCAGCUUGUAACUCAUGUCGGACAGCUGAAACUACUGUAAAAAUACUUUGAGGCCAGUGGUGUUAGAAAUGUCAGUUUGAAACCACCUCUAUCACAAGUGCAGUGGUAUUUCAGUUUGGAGUCCUGUUCUAGCAGUCUGUUUAUGACUGAUUGCCCCGGUCAAAACUUCAGAAUGGUUGAGUUGAUUUUAAUGUGAAACACCAAAUUGUCACUUGCUCAACCUUUUUUUUUGUUUGAGUCGUUCAGUAAGAUAUCCAGUUUGGCUUAAGUUUAACCUUUUGUCAUGCAGAACGUUGUCAGUGUUAAUAGUGAGGCUUGUGAAACCCAUGCUUUUAGUUGUGGCUCACAAGUCAUUCCAUGAAGCUUUCACUCUCCAUGGUUUGCUCAGAGUAUCAUUAGAAAUCUGUACCUGUGCAGUGGAUGCAAGGCAGAGCUGUGUUCUCACUUGGAGAACUGAGCUGCAGUUUCAUUUGAAGAGGUGGUGAUACUUUGCCUUGGACAACCUCUCAGCGAGCCCCCUUUGAUGGAAGGGCAGUGCUAAAACCAGAAAUAAAUCCACCUGUUCUCUUUUGCAAAACCAUGGGUGUCAUAAACCUGAUUAAUCCUAUUCAAACAAAUGCGAACGAAACUGAAAUGUCUGCCAUCUGCUGGAGCAAAGCAACAAGGCUCAGCCCUUUCCCAGUGAAGAAGUGACUGCAUUCCUGGCUUCUGAUGGUGGGAUCUCUCUUUAUUUUCUGACUGAUAAUCACAACACGUUUUAGGAAAAUAUCUGGAGGUGUUCUCCUUGCAUAGCGACUGAAUAUCAGGGUGCCACAACCUACUGAUAAUAGCUGACACUCAAGGGGUUGAUGCUGCGCUGUGGCAAACAGCUUCUUGUUUGUCGCCGUGCAACCUGAAUGGAAUUGCAUAUUUUCUGUUUUUAUGAAUGCUGGCCGUUAUAUUAUGGGAUGCGUAUCAGAGCAGUCUUCAUCUAAUUUAUUGGUAAUAUUGCUGCAGAUGUCAUGUUGUACAUCAGCCUUGUUAUGCAGUAAGCUUGGCUAUUGGCCUACAAAGAUCUCGCCACUUUCUGCCUAUCCCUGUGUGUGUAUAGGUGUUCCAAAGCCACUGGACCAACUGACUACAAGUGCCACUAUGAAGAUUUCCACAAGAAGGUCUGUAACUGUAAGCGAUCUCUGUGACUGUUUGUAUUUAUGUGGUCAGACAUAACCACAAAAUUGCUUCUGUGCUUAUAGAAUGGAUUUUCAUUGAACUAUGUACAGUUGAAUAUACAUACAUUUACAUUAGGGUGUAUGCACAUACCAUGUAAAUGUUUUUUCCUUUCUUUUAAAGCUGUUAUGUGAUACUCAGUACCUAAAGGAUUUGCUCCAAAUUUACUCAAGUCUGUGUGAGACUUGGCAAUUCACAUGCUCUAGUCCAGGUCUCUGGGUGCAGUUGUUCUGAACCUGGGCCCCUUUUUGGUAAUGGAACUGCAGGGUUUUAUAAAGGUGUGCCACAGGCUUGCAAGUGUGGUUUUUGUGGCUUGCAAAGUCCGUGGCAGCGUUCAGGUACUCGAGGUGAGAGAAAUAAGAGGCAGGAUGACAGGAGGUCACGAGUCAUUCCCAUUUUUGUAGUUUUUCCAUGUUCUGGGUACAUGCGUUCCUCUCUUUGUCUUCACUGUACACGAGUCUGUGCUAAUAAAAUGAGAAAAGGUCAAACCAUGGCACUGUUUUUUCUGUUGGAGGAUGAGAUGCCCAACAAGCCCAGUCCAAUGGGGCCACAUUAACAAGCAAAUAAAACGGCCAUAUUAUUUUCUUCUUUUAAACAAUCUUUAAUAAUUCUCUCCAACCUUUGCUUUCCUUUCAACUCCAAGCCAACGUGAUACUCAGCAUUCAGAAGAUGGCUCUAGAUGUGAAAGGCACAUCUGUGAUAAAGAGCCUCGCUCUCAUCAUUUUGGUUAAUGCUGAGCCUUGGGCUGCAUUACGAAGCUCUGCCUUCUGCUGCGUGUCA